GUUUUUGUUUUGGGUUGAAGUUGAGGCUGAGGGGAGAGAAGAGCUAGCGACUAGCAGUCGUCGCUGCCGCCGGCUCUGCGGGAGGUGGAGGAGGCCCCGCCGGAGCCGAGAGGUUUCCCCUCCCCGCUGACGGCCCCUGCCCGUCGCUUCUCUACCUCCUCCCGGUCCCGGAACUCCGGGGCCUGCCCCGGGCCCCCAGUCUUUGAACUCUGCACGCCGCAGCGCCCGGCCCCGGCCGCACCCGCCGGCCCCAUGAGGAGGGACGUGAACGGAGUGACCAAGAGCAGGUUUGAGAUGUUCUCAAAUAGUGAUGAAGCUGUAAUCAAUAAAAAACUUCCCAAAGAACUCCUAUUACGGAUAUUUUCUUUUCUGGAUGUUGUUACUUUGUGUCGCUGUGCUCAGGUCUCCAGGGCCUGGAAUGUUCUGGCUCUGGAUGGCAGUAACUGGCAGCGAAUUGACCUGUUUGAUUUCCAGAGGGAUAUUGAGGGCCGAGUAGUGGAGAAUAUUUCAAAAAGAUGUGGGGGCUUUUUACGAAAGUUAAGUCUUCGUGGGUGUCUUGGAGUAGGAGACAAUGCAUUAAGGACCUUUGCACAAAAUUGUAGGAACAUUGAAGUACUGAAUCUAAACGGAUGUACAAAGACAACAGAUGCUACAUGUACUAGCCUUAGCAAGUUCUGUUCCAAACUCAGGCACCUUGACUUGGCUUCCUGUACAUCAAUAACAAACAUGUCUCUUAAAGCUCUGAGUGAGGGAUGUCCACUGUUGGAGCAAUUAAACAUUUCCUGGUGUGACCAAGUAACCAAGGAUGGCAUCCAAGCACUAGUGAGAGGCUGUGGGGGUCUCAAGGCCUUAUUCUUAAAAGGCUGCACACAGCUAGAAGAUGAAGCUCUCAAGUACAUAGGUGCACACUGUCCUGAACUGGUGACUUUGAACUUGCAGACUUGCUUACAAAUCACAGAUGAAGGUCUCAUUACUAUAUGCAGAGGGUGCCAUAAGUUACAGUCCCUCUGUGCCUCCGGCUGCGCCAACAUCACAGAUGCCAUCCUGAAUGCUCUAGGUCAGAACUGCCCACGGCUUAGAAUAUUAGAAGUGGCAAGAUGUUCCCAAUUAACAGAUGUAGGCUUUACCACUCUGGCCAGGAAUUGCCAUGAGCUUGAAAAAAUGGACUUGGAAGAGUGUGUUCAGAUAACAGAUAGCACGUUAAUCCAACUUUCUAUACACUGUCCUCGACUUCAAGUGUUGAGUCUGUCUCACUGUGAGCUGAUCACAGACGAUGGAAUUCGUCACCUGGGGAAUGGGGCCUGCGCCCAUGACCAGCUGGAGGUGAUUGAACUGGACAACUGCCCACUAAUCACAGAUGCUUCCCUGGAGCACUUGAAGAGUUGUCACAGCCUCGAGCGGAUAGAACUGUAUGACUGCCAGCAGAUCACACGAGCUGGGAUCAAGAGACUCAGGACCCAUUUGCCCAAUAUUAAAGUCCACGCCUACUUCGCACCUGUCACUCCACCCCCAUCAGUAGGGGGCAGCAGACAGCGAUUCUGCAGAUGCUGCAUCAUCCUAUGACAAUGGAGGUGGUCAACCUUGGUGAACUGAGUAUUUAAUGACACUUCUAGAGUUACAAUGGAGUCUCCAAUGGAAGCAACCCCAGUGUUCUGGGCAAGGGUUACAAAGUGAGGGCAGCGUCCAGAUCCCCAGAGCCACACAUAACAUGCAAACCCACCCUCACCUCCACCCACUCUAGUUCUGUGACCAGGGGACUGAAGCCCAUGCUGGCUUUAUCAAGUGGAUUGGUAAAACUUAACCAUUCCUGUUGGACAUGCCAAGAAGAAAAUCAUAGGCAAGGUGGAGGGAAGGGGGCAUUCCAGCCAACGCAGUGUUGCUGCGCUUGCAGUUUCUUCAUUUUUUGAAGGGGUUUCUUUGGUGAUUUUGGAACAGCAACUGCAGUCCUCCAGGGUCAAGGAAAGCAUAGAAAAACAAUAUGUGUUGUAUCCAGGGACCAGAAAGAAAAAUUCUUUGCAUCCUAUAAAUGGUAGCCAUCUCUCAUGAGAUGACUACAGAGCUUCUGUGCUUCCUUGUUCCCAUGCCAACAUGCUGAGCAUGCUCCCAAAGAAGGCUCAUCCAUUCCUCCCCUGUGUUUAAGUAUUUGGCCCAGAGGUUUCCUAAAUGGUUGCACUGAAAUCGCUGCGGUCCAAAUGUGAUUUUACUCACUCAAAUUGUCACUCUUUCUAGCACGCUUGUGCACCUGUCUUUCGUUCUCUGUUGCUCCCUCCUGCACUCUUGCUCAGUCUGUCACCUGUUCAUUGUCUGCUUACUCACACUCAGUUGUUAUUCUUUUGCCGUUGUGUUUACAGUGUGCAUUUUGGAUGAUUAGUUGGGGUUACCAAACAUUUUUAAAAGAGACAUUAUCAAUAAAUAUUUUUUUAAUUCUAAAUUUUACCAUUAGGGGACCCUGCCUGAAUCUUUGCCAGUCUGAAGGGAAACUAUCACAAAACCAAGAAAUGGUAUGAGAAGAAAUUGAGUUAAAACUAUUUUGAUGAAAACAAACUUUGCCUUUUGGUUUCUGUUAUACCUUGUGAUAUAUAAUAAUACGCAUGAUAUGCCCAAUGUUCUCCCUGCACAUUUUUCUUCCCAUCAGACUCCACUAACUUAAUAAGGAGAGAGAAAUGCAUUAUUAGUAAAGAGUGGAAUGGCGAAUCCCAAAACUGAGCCCAAAAGCACCCCCCACCCAAGCCCAGACAUGUCGGAUGUUCACUGAAAUCUAGGUGUGAGCAGUAGCAUCCCUGAUUUGUGUCUGUGAGGUUGUUUUGUUUCAAUAGGAGCACUGCUAGAGUUGCUGUGCCGUCUAGCUGGUCAGUUUCUCCCCCUCCCCCAAGCCCCCCCGCCCCGUUCCAGCCUAUCAGGGAUACAAGAAUGACCCUAGAACAGGUGGUCAACUGUAUGUCAGUGUUGAUGGUGUAUCUCAAAUGUUGGCACCUUGAAGGACCAGAACCAUUUCAAAACCUGUCAACCCUAUCUUUCUUGUGCUCUGGACUUCCCAUGAAUGAAAUACAGGGGUAACCAGGUGAAGGCUUUGAGAGGAAGCAGGGGGUUCAGUGUCUCUGCCCAGCAUGGUCAGCAGAACUGAAGGCAGGUAUUCAGUGCCCAUGACUCAGAGGCAAAGAAGAGG